AUGAGCAAGCAGGGCCACGGCCACCGGCGGGACGAUGUCAUGGUGGCGGGGUCGGGAGGCCCCGUCAACCUGCGUCGCCUGUCCGCGCGAGUGUCUGCCAACCUGGGAGUGCAGAGCCCCAGGGACCUUUUCGAGGGCAUAGAUCUUAUACCUGCGUCGAGGCUGACGAAAGUGAAGAGACUGGCCAAGGGAUCCUACUGUGUCGUGGACCUCGCCAGGCUCAGGAAGCCGGGCGUCGGGGAGGAGGAGGACCCGGGCAUCAAGGUGGCCGUCAAGCGCCUGCGUCAGUCCGCCUAUACCGAGAGGGACAUCACAUGCUUUGCCCGGGAGGCGGAGCUGCUUCUCCAGCUCGAACACUUUCGGGGCAUCACCAAGCUCAUCGGCAUAGGGUGCGAGCGCAGCCGAUCCGACAUGAUGUGGCCCAGCAUGUUCCUCGUCAUGGUGGGUUGGGUGGAGUAUGCAGAGGGGGGCUCCCUGCAGGACCUGCUGGAGGCGCAGAUGGAGGACCCGCGCGUUGUCCUGUACAACUACGAGGAUGCCAUCAAGUGGGCGAGGCAGAUCGGCUCCGGCAUAUCCGAACUCCAUGCACAGAAGCCGAGGGUGGUGCAUCGACAGAUUCGCGCGGAGAACGUGCUCCUCUAUGCCGCACCUGGGAAGGGCGGGAAGCUGAUUGCGAAGCUGGGCGACCUAGGCACGCACACAACAAUCAUCCCUGGCGCCAAGCUGAGCUACGACCCCGAGGACGUGUUCAGCGCCGUCUCCGACACCAGCAGUUACUGCUACCUGCCGCCUGAGGUGCUGCGAAAGGAGUCUUACGACGAGAAGGUGGACGUGUUUGGAUUUGGCAUCAUCCUGUAUGAGCUCUUCAUGAAGCGGUCCUUGGUGGCCUACUUUGACGGCCAGAACAAAAACGUGUCCACCGCCGCGUCCGAGUAUGCGCGUCAGAUGGAGGGGGGCUACCGCAUGCCCCUGGCAGACAAGCUCCCCACACAGCUGAAGAAGCUGAUUGAAAAGUGCCUGGAGGGUGACCCGGCAGACAGGCCCUCCAUCCGGCACGCCGUCGUCGUUCUGGCGGCCAUCGAGGAGAGUGGGGCACUGCGCGUGAGCGAGAAGAUGCUGCCCGGCUGCGCCUGUGCCAUCAUGUAG